AUGAUCAUCCCCGUCCGCUGCUUCAGUUGCGGCAAGGUCGUCGGCGACCGCUGGACCGCAUACCUGCAGCUCCUCGAGGCCGGCCACAACGAGGGUGAGGCGCUCGACGGUCUCGGGCUCAAGCGUUACUGCUGCCGCCGCAUGGUCCUCACGCACGUCGACCUCAUCGAGAAGCUCCUCCACUACAACCCUAUGGAGCGUCGGCAAGCUGCGUGA